CAAUCCGUAUUAUACCAUUCAACAGCGCAUUUGCUUGGGUGGGCAUUGGAAUCUCACUAUGGUGAUGACUGUCUUCUUACCAAUGGUCCAGCAACUGACCAAGGAUUUUUCUACGAUUCGCUCUUGAUUGAAGGAGGCGAAAUUAGAACCAAACAGCAAAAAGUUUCAACACAACAUUUAGCCUUUACUUGCAUUCAAGUCACUCGAGAUGUAGCUGCUCGUAUGUUUGCUUACUCGCCUUUUAAAUUAAGCUAUUUAUCAAAGAUCCCUGCAUCAGAAACCGUUUCUCUUUACCGAUGUGGUGACUUCAUCGAUCUGUGUCGCGGACCUCAUGUACUUAAUACCAAAGCUAUCAAUAAAGUAAAGCUUUUACAUACCGGUGCUUCUCAAUGGCAGACUAUUUCACCACACAGUCUAUCGAGAGUAUCGGGAAUCUCAUUUUCAUCUGGAAAAGCACUGCGUGAAUGGACUCUACAACGUCAAGAAGCGUCCAAGCGCGAUCAUCGACUAAUUGGUCAAAAACAAUCGCUGUUUUAUUUUAGUCCGCUUUCUCUUGGUGCACCUUUUUUUCUGCCACAUGGAACUCGCAUCAUCCAACGCCUCACCGAUUUUUUGCGGCAUGAAUAUCGCAAAUACGGCUUUGAUGAAAUCGUAACCCCAUUGGUGUUUAACAAGUCGCUAUGGGAAAAGUCUGGCCAUUGGAAAAACUACAAAGAAGAUAUCACUGUAGAUCAACUCAAUGAUGCAGAUAUCCAAGCACUAAAACCUAUGAACUGUCCUGGACAUUGUUUACUGUUUUCCAGUACCUCGAGAUCGUAUCGCGAUCUUCCCAUUCGAUAUGCAGAGUUUAGUCCAUUGCACAGAAAUGAGGCGUCUGGAGCACUGACUGGACUCACCCGAGUGCGCAAGUUCCACCAGGACGAUGGUCAUAUCUUUUGCACACCGUCACAAAUUGCUCAAGAAAUUCAAUCUACUUUAAAGUUUAUUGAUACCAUGUACACGAAAAUACUACACUUUCCUCAGUACACACUUGCACUUUCUACGCGACCCGAAUCAGGUCAUGUUGGCACACUGACACAAUGGGAAGCUGCCGAGACUGCACUCAAAGAAGCUCUCACUCAAUUUGGAAAACCAUGGACAAUAAAUCAUGGAGACGGAGCUUUUUACGGCCCCAAGAUUGACAUCAAAGUACGCGACGCUAUAGGAAGAGAUCACCAAACUGCCACAGUUCAACUGGAUUUUCAACUUCCAAAACAGUUCCAAUUACAAUACUCUACGGGGAAAACUGGGCCUGAAGAUGCUGCAAUGGAAACUCCCGUUAUGAUACAUCGCGCUGUAUUAGGAUCUGUUGAGCGGAUGUUGGCAAUCUUGGCAGAACAUUAUGGUGGAAAAUGGCCAUUUUGGAUGAGUCCGAGACAGGCAAUCGUCAUUCCAACAAACAAGACCCUAAAUGAGUAUGCUCAGAGUGUAAAAAACAAUAUUGCUAAUCCAUCAGAACUUGAUGGAUCAAACAGUUGCUCUGCCUACUACCAUAUCGAAGUAGAUGAUUCAGAUCAUUUACUUUCCAAGCGGGUUCGAGAGGCACAGCUAUUGCAGUUUAAUUACAUUUUGGUGGUGGGCGAUAAAGAACAGGAAACUGGCACCGUAAAUGUUCGCUCAAGAACCGGGAAGCAAUUGGGUCUUAUGACAGUUGAUCAACUAAGAGCCUUGUUUGCCAAAAACACCCAAACGUUUACUCUCGACUAA